AUGGGAGCAACCGCUGACGGAUUUGAUAGAUACACCUGGGACGGCGUGAUCCACAAGAUGACCGACAAACAAUGGGAAAAUAUCAUCGCCCUUCACAACACCGCCCCCUUCAAGCUCGUCCGCGAAGCCGCUCCCUACUUCCGUGUCACCAACGGCGAGCCCCGCUGCAUCAUCAAUAUUUCCUCGACCUCGGGCGUACACGGUAUUGCCGGCCAAGCUAACUACGGUGUUGCAAAAUCGGGCAUCAAUGGCCUUACGAAGUUUGGCGUCCGCGCGAACAGCAUUGCGUUUGGAAAUAUUUCGACGAUGUUGACGGCGGCCAAGGAGGAUGGAGCAUUUGUGACGACGCCGGAUGGAGAGAAGAUUGCUUUGGGCAUACCGAAGGGACAGGGGAGCCAGCAAGCUAAUGCGAACUUGGAUAUUCCGCUUCGAAGGCCAGGAUCGGCUACGGAGGCUGCGAGUUCCAUCUUGGCCGUUGCGAGUCCGCUGUUUAGUUAUAUCACGGGACAGGUGCUCAUGGUUACUGGAGGGAGGAACAUGUAG